CUGGCCCGAGCCACGCGCACAAAACCUCGACGGGAUUUGAAGCGGUUCGAAACAUUCCGGGAAUUUAAAAAACUGUUCCAUUCAACGAAAAGAAAUUUAGAUUUAACCUAAGAGGAAAUGACCUUUAAAAAACCAAGAGGAAAAAGCGUAUAGUGAUAAGAAAGUCAAACAAACAGUAGGUAUGUGGCUAGGAUUAGUGGAUUAAAGUGUGUCUAGGACAAGAGGACUUCUAUAGUGGGUCCAGGACAUAAGGACACUCUCUGAGCAAACUGUCCCGUCGUUGUAUGCUACAGGACAUAAGGACAUUCUCUGAGCAAACUGUCCCGUCGUUGUUACAGUUUGACUCAUGGAUUAUAGGAAGAUUCAACACAACUAAGACUGGCUAAGAGAGAUGAGACGAUGGAAAGUUCACUAGACAGCGGCUACGACUAUGACGGCAUUCCAGUCAACAGCAGCGAUUUUGGGGAGGAGGACAGUUGUGGCUACGGUGAAGCAGGAGACAGCCAGUGGCUGGAGCUGACCGUCUACCCGCUGCUGCUGCUGCAGGGCAUUGUGGGUAACCUCAUGUCUAUCCCCGUGCUGGUCCGCAUCAGCCGCAACUCCUGGUCCACCGUCAUGUACCUGGCACUGCUCACUGGCACUGACCUCAUCAUCCUCCUCAUUCGCUGUGGCGGCGCAUGGUACGACACCCUAAUGAUGGUCAAGCUGAGCCAGCAGAUCAUGAACUCCUCAGACGCCGUCUGUAAGACGUACAUGUUCGCCUUCACCUUGAUCAAGCACGUCAGUCCCUGGCUCACGGUGGCCAUCUCCGUAGAGAUGAUGAUCGCUACACGGUGGCCCUGGAAAACGUACGUCAUGUGCACGGCCGAGAGGUCCCGCUACGUCCUGAUGCUCAUCACCAUCAUCAUCGUCUGCCUCGACAUCAACUUCUUCUGGACCUAUGGAGCGCCCGUGCUAGAGAUGGGUUGUAGGUACACCGAAGAAUUCUCCGAACAGUUCCGCGAGUGGAUCUGGCCGGCCCUGGACAACGCAGUGGAGCUGGUCCUGCCCCUAGUCACCGUGUCCGUCUGUUUUUUCCUGACCGCCACGACCAUGAUCCGGCGGCCGGUGGCCCGAGAACACGACAUGGGCGCCGAGAUGGAGAAGUACUUCUUCGAGCUGGGCACCCUCCGAGAUUUCCGGACUAUCUGCUUGGUCGUCUGCCUCGUCUUCAUCUGCCUGCACACCUUCCAGGUCAUCUACCACGUCAUCAACUUCCUGUACAUGAAGGGCUACCUGCACAUGGACUGCGCCGCCUAUAGGAGCUUUGACGAGACGGUCCUAGACAUAGGUACGACCUUGACCUACGUCUUCUACGGAGCUAAGAUCUACCUGUACCUGGCCCUGAGCUCUGCCUUCAGGACGCGAGUCCGCCAGGGCUUGAGCUACCUGCUGGCCAAGCUGCGGGCCGUGUCCAAGUACCUGUGUAAGUGUGGCACCCAGUGGAUCCCCAUCUCCCUGCAGGAGACCAGCCCGGCCCCCAGACCCCCCGCUGACCUCUUGCUUGUACGCGCUGACCACUCCGGUGAGGCCUCGACUAUUUCCGCGGAGAACCGGCCACGGGGGGAGCCGUUUCACCAGUCUAAAGGUGAAGGGUCCGCACGUGCAGGGGCGGACCUCGACGGUAGAGCUCUAGGAGACACAAGAGGUCAGUCACCUGACCGACAUGAAGUCAUGCCACUACAGGCUAUAGGGACCAAAGUGUGAUACUGACCAGCACUGCAAGAUUCCUAGACUUGGUAGAACGACUUCAAUGUCUUUCAACCAUUGGAGCUCCACAAUGGGGGACAUAAACAGAGAUCUCAACAAGGUUGUGUAUAAUUCAUCGACACAGUUAUCUGACGCGUCUAAUCAACUAUCUAACAACUCGGGCUUGGAUGGAAGACAAGCAUCGUUACACACCAAACUUUUUGAACCAACAGAACUAGCUCUAGAGUCUGCUCUCACAUGUUUGCUGAGCUAAGCUAUUGUUGCACUCUAGCCGUACCAAGUCAUCCUGUACCUGGCAAUCUUACAGACACGUCA